CUUCGCGCUACCAAAUAAAGUUCUGUAUCAAAGCGACAAGCAACAAGUCAGUGCUGUGAUUUCAUUUUCGAAAGUUUAAGUGAUAAAGUGAUAAGACAAAGUAAAUACAAAGGUUUCGGAGUAUGGAGAUGGAAGCAGAUCAGUUUAAGGACUUUGGAAAGGCUAUGAUUGACUAUGUAUCAUCAUAUUUAGAAAAUAUAAGAGACAGGAGGGUUCUUCCUACUGUGGAGCCUGGGUAUCUAAGACCCCUCAUUCCAGAAACAGCCCCUGAAAAGCCUGAUAACUGGGAGGAUGUUAUGUCCGAUAUCGAAAAAGUUAUCAUGCCAGGUGUGACACACUGGCAUUCACCCAGAUUUCACGCAUAUUUCCCCACAGCCAACUCGUAUCCCGCCAUUGUAGCAGACAUACUGAGUGGGGCAAUCGCCUGCAUAGGAUUUUCAUGGAUCGCCAGUCCAGCAUGCACAGAACUCGAAGUAGUGAUGUUAGACUGGUUGGGCAAAAUGAUCGAUCUCCCCAAAGAAUUUUUAGCCUGCUCGGGCGGCAAGGGGGGCGGCGUUAUCCAAGGAACCGCUAGCGAAGCCACUUUAGUCGCUUUACUUGGCGCUAAGGCACGUGCCGUCAACUCUACGAAGAAAAAACACCCCGACAUGAAAGAAUCCGAUAUCGUUUCUAAAUUGGUGGGAUAUACUUCAAGUCAGAGUCAUUCUUCUGUGGAAAGGGCCGGGUUAUUGGGGGGCGUACAAUUAAGAUCUUUGCCUACGGAUGACUCAAAUCGUUUAAGGGGAGCUACUUUGGAACAAGCCAUUAAAGAGGAUGUCGAAGCUGGACUUAUUCCUUUCUAUGCCGUAAACACUCUGGGAACAACAUCAUCGUGCACCUUCGAUGCUUUGGACGAAAUCGGCCCAGUCUGCAACGAAAACGACGUUUGGCUUCACGUUGAUGCUGCCUAUGCUGGUUCAGCAUUCAUAUGCCCCGAGUUCCGCCAUUUAAUGAAGGGCAUCGAAAGAGCCGAUUCUUUCAACUUUAACCCGCACAAAUGGAUGUUGGUAAACUUUGAUUGCUCCGCGAUGUGGCUCAAGGACCCAUCCUGGUUGGUGAAUGCCUUCAAUGUCGAUCCUUUGUAUUUAAAGCACGAACAGCAAGGAUCAGCGCCUGAUUACAGGCAUUGGCAGAUACCAUUAGGUAGGAGAUUCAGAGCGCUGAAGUUGUGGUUUGUGUUGAGGUUAUAUGGUAUCGAAAAUUUACAAAAGUUCAUCAGAAAACACGUAGACUUGGCGCAUUACUUCGAGAAUUUAGUAAGAUCAGAUGAAAGAUUCGAAAUUACGGAAGAGGUGGUGUUAGGUUUGGUCUGCUUCAGACUUAAAGGCGAUAACGCAACCAACGAAGGCCUAUUGAAAAGGUUAAACGGUAGAGGAGUAAUCCAUUUAGUUCCUUCAAAGAUCGGGGAUACCUACUUCUUGCGUUUGGCGAUAUGUUCCCGAUUUACUGAGGAAUCAGACAUCGACAUAUCCUGGAAGGAAGUUAAAGAAACUGCCGACGAAGUCCUAGCCCAAAAAUAAAAAAUAAAUAAUAACUUAUUAAAGCGAUGUAAUGACAAAAGUAUUAUUAAUGUGCAACAAGUAAUUUAUGUUAGAUUUAGAUUAAAUUAUUGUAAAUACAAAUGACCAAUAAUAUAAAUGUUAAUAAAUAGAGAAGCAUUAAAUUGUGUUUUAUUAUACUUUAAUCAAAAACUAUAACAGCACAAUAUUAGGAGCAUUUGGGAGGUGGCCCGCCAAACUUCUUAGUCAGCUGCAAUAUUCUUUCAGCUUCUCUUAUUCCGCUUAAACGAGCACCGUGGACUGUACCGUGGUAACCGGCUAUUGCAGCUUCGCCAGCGAACAAUAAAAUGGGCGGAAUGGGCUCGCAAGUGCCGGGUACAGGCAUGCUGAGGUCACAUUGGUGUCCUAUGUGCGACUGCACUUUGAUAUAGCUUUUAGAACCGCAGAAAUAAGGAUCUGCGACCCAUUUUGAUCUUAGUACUGAAUUGGGGUAUGGUAGAGUGGCAUCUCCGGUGAAUUGACGUAGUAAUCUUGUUAUAUCCCUGGCUACUUCUUCAUCGGUUGCAUGCUCCAUUACUGAAGCCUCAGGGCCUGAUAUGGAUACCUCAAGAACGUGCUUACUUGCCGGCACUUCAGUUAUUUUACUUAUGCCUCUAGUCCAGUCAGUUCGUUUACUUAGCUCAUCCGCAGACCAGGCUAGGUUAAUAGUACCUUCAGACCAAACCCAGAACGGUCUAUCAUAAUCAAGGAAUACUUUAUCGAUGUGAGCGUAACCUAGGCUCUUAAUUGCGUCCAUUUUAGUGGAGGGUAAGGCGGGGCAGAACAGUUUAUCGCCAUGCUCUUUUAGGACCCCCAAAGACAUCGUCACAAUAACGUAGUCAGCGCAAAAUUCCUCCCCGUCGCAACACUGAACGAUAGCCCUAGGCCCCUUAGCUUUCUCCUGCACUGUACCCCACCUUAUUAGUCCUACAGGUUUAUUGUAUCUUAGCGUACAUUCAGGCAGUUUUCUUAGUAGUGGUCCAAGAAUACUUAUAAAACCUAUAGGUAUUGUUGUUUUGCCCCCAGGGAUAGAUAUUGAAGAACCAAAAUUAUCAGCGCUUAUAGAGGUGAGAUCGUCACCUAAGUCGCUACGAAUCGCAUUUAUUUGUCCAUAGAAUACUCGGGACGCAUCGUAACGCAUGUCCUCAGGAAACUUUUGAAUUUCUUGUUGAACUCUCAUAG